AUGGACUACACUUUACGUCGCAAAGAUUCGGCUGAUGAUAACUUGAGCCUGCCUUUCGUUGCAUUUGAGCAUAACGUUGUCCAUAACGGCGCCUCUUUCACCAACCAAAGAGCGCCAAAGGAUGAGGACUUUGAUUUUUUCAAAGCGACUCCUUCAAGUCUUGUCAAUGCUUUGUCAAAGGACACUGCCCGCCCUACCUUUGAGCCUCUUUCCCCAGCUUUGACCGUUGGCGACAAUUCUGGAGAUGAACAUGCGUCUACUCCGGGACGUAUCGCUAGACCGAGGAAUGCUUUCAUGCUCUAUCGAUCAGAUUUUCUAGCAAGUGACAGGAUCAGUCGCUCCGUCGAACACGACAAUCGACACAUCAGUCGCAUCAUAGGCCAUUGCUGGCAGAAUCUAUCAAAGGAGGAGAAACUUGUUUGGCAUCAAAGGGCAGAGCUAGAGAAAAUUGAACACGCCAAAAAGCAUCCUGGCUAUAAAUUUUCGCCUGUUCCACGAACCAAAAAGCCGCUCAAGAGGAAGGGCAAACGGAACAGCGAGAAAGACAUUGAGCGCUGCAAAAAUGUAGCAGAGCUCAUUCUCGCAGGAAAAGAGGGCGACGAACUGGUUGCUGCUCUCAAGCAACUCGAAUUAGAGAACGGCGAAGAGCACAACCAGGAUGGCUCUGAAACACCCGGAUUAUCAUACGCGAGCUAUCCCCCAGAAGAAUCGCGCGCGCCAGUGUUUUUAAAUCCUUUGCGUCCGCCGAAUGCACGGGAUGAAAGGGUCCAAUCCACCAAUGUCUCGGUGCCUCAGCCAUACUGCUCAUUUGCAAACGACCAAGGCCAUCGGCAUCAAUAUUAUCCUUCUCCACCCGAGUCUCCAGUGUCUCCCAACCCUAUGUACUCAGACAAUAGGAGCCGGAACCCAUUUCUCCUGCGUCCUGCCACGUUCUACCCUCAACAUUCGCAUACCACCAGCAACAUACAGUCCCGCAUUGAACCUUACCCCCAUUCUCCAGGAGUCAGCCGUGGGCAGAUGAAUCAUGCACAAUCAUCGAGCUACCAGUUUUUACAGGGUUCGGGUGACCGGCUGAUGAGGAUUCCUCAACAAAAUGCCGACUUCUUCAUCAAUGGCGCUGAACAUUCAUACACGUUCCUAUCACCCUCCUUGCCUCCAUCAUUAGCGCCUUCCCGUUACGCUUCAGGACAUGACUUUUAUGGCGAUUCAGGAUUAUGA